AUGACCAUGUCCGAAGGCGACGGUCAGAAUGGGGUCCAAAGAUUGACCACUCAGGCAUCUAUGCCCAGGAAGAAAUUUGCAAUUCCUCCCGUUAAGAACGCCUGUCUAUCCUGUCGUGCGUCGAGGACGCGAUGCAACGGCGAGCAUCCAUGCGCGAGUUGUGUAACAAAAGAUCGCGAAUGUGUCUAUAAACCCAGCAGGCGAGGAGGCCCGCGCAUUCGGAAGAAGGCCCGACCACUCUCGGACUAUCAAGAUCUAGCCAUCUCGCUACCUACCCAUCAAGAAGAAAUCCCUCAAGAUGCACUUCUUCUCGAGAACUAUAUAGAUCCUGGCGCUGGCCUUAAGCCUCUGGCAGAUAUCUGGAAAGAUAGCGAUGCUAUAUAUGAUAAUCUAUUUCAAGAUGCCCUCCCGACUCCAAUGCCCAACAUUAGGAUUCCGAUGGUUAGAACCUAUGGGGGGGAUGAUCGGGCCAUAUUAAAUGCCUAUUAUAUUUGGAUUCAUCCGUAUUUCCCAAUUCUACCUCCCCCGGAGACGACGCCGGAAUUGGAUCAGGUCUCGCCCCUAUUCGAAAACCAGAGAGACAAGUUUGAGGAACCAUCUUCGGCUAUCAGUUUGGCUAUCUCCGCCAUCUUAGCCCUGAUCCCAUGUCCCCAGGAUCCAAACCCACUUGAGCCAGAGUCUAUUCGUUGGAGACGCACGUAUUCGCAGUUUUUCGCAAAAGCAGCAUUAGAGGGUAUCGAAACCGAGACGGAACGACCGGAAUCAUCUGUUUCGCCACCGCGGGCUCUGGAUGACUCAGACGACGAAAUUUUUAGAGAAAAGUUUCAUUCGCAAGUUCCUCUAGAGUUAGAAAGUAUUAUUGCUCUUGAUCUUCUCAGCGUCUACGAAUAUGCGCAGCGCGGAAACUUGAAGAAGAUGCGGGCUAGGGUCGGAGCGGCCCUAGUGUCUGCCAUGUCCCAAAUGCUCCAUAUAGACAGCGACGAGGAGGAUGGGUACUCGGAAGCACGACGUCGUACAUGGUGGAUGACGUAUAUCUGCGUCUGCCAAGGAUCAAUUGUUAGCAAUACACCCCCGACGUUCGAAGUCUUCGCUUCUAGCUUCACGGCUAAAUAUCCUAUGAUCAAGGCUGAUCCAGAUGCAUGGCCAUUGUUCAUCCAAGCUCAGCAGGCCAUCCUAGCAGCCACUCAGUUUGUUAUCGAUUUCAACAAGGCUAGAAAGGAACAAUCGGAUAUGAACCGCAUCUUCAAUCGAAUGCGGGACCUCGAACGGCGUUUGGAACCUCUGAUCACCAAAUCCGAAUCAUGGAUAUUGAAUUGUCCGUUGACGCAAUUAGUUGAUAAGAGGGAGUCGGUCCUGUCUCAAUCGCUGCGAUGCAUUUCGCGUAUCAAGUUGAAUAGUGCUCGAAUCAAAGUCCAUCGUUAUUGUGCUUUCUUCGACCUUGCCGUUUUUUCGGGAAAGCACUGCGACCUGAAGAGCACAACCGAGAAUAAUGCAGUUGAUAGUCCAGAUAUUGUUCAACUUCAGUCGUGUUGUACCACUCUGAGCAGUACACCUUCUGUCCACUCGAGCCCAUCUGGUGGAUCUGUGUCUCCCACACUCUCCAGCCGAUCCACUCCUAAUACAGACUGCUGUGGUUUCACCUACCAACCGGCACCAGUUAUGACGUUCCCAUUCAGCACCCACCAGUCGUCUAAAAUAUGCCUGAAGUCUGCCUUGAAUAUUGCACAGGCGUUCGACUCCUUACCGUAUCCGAAUCCUAGUGGCUUGCUUUGCGACACCCCUUGUUACAUAGGACCAAACUCUACGUUGAUCACACCAAGGACAAUGCCUUCUUUUGCUUGUUGCGCAAUGCAGUGCAGCUACGCAUUGCUCAUGGUUAAGGACAGAACGGAGACGAUGUAUCCAACAGCAACCGGCGAGGCUGGUCCCCUUGUCGAUAACCUUCGCGACCGUCUUCAACAAGGUCUUGUCUCCAUAUUAGUAACACUAGAGAACUAUGCAACGGCUUUCGAAGCCUUAGGUGGGAUGAGAGACCAAAUUCGCGAUAAAGUCGAUUUAGCAUUAGGAUUCUGA